CCCCUCGCCCCCCUGGGUCGCCCCUCGGCCCUUGCCCAGGCGCGGCCGUGACGCGCGGCGGGCGGAAGGGGCGGUGCGAUGGCGGCGGCGAUGGCGAUGGCGAUGGCCGGGCCUGUGCCGGAGCUGCCGCGGCUGUGGCAGGAGGCGGCAGCGCUGGCGGGGGCGGUGCGCGGCGCGCUGGGGCCGCGGGGCGGGCGGGCGCUGCUGCUGCGGCCCACGGGCGAGGCGGUGCCGACGCGGGACGGGCGGCGGCUGCUGGAGGCGCUGAGGCUGGAGCCGCCCGCGGCCAGGGUGAUGGCGGCCCGCGCCUGCAGCCACCGCGCCGCGACGGGGGACGGCGCCAAGAGCUUCGUGGUGCUGCUGGCGGCCGUGCUGGGCGGGCUGCGGGCGGCGGGCGGCGGCGCUGGGCUGCGGAGGGCGCUGCGGGCCUUCGAGGCGCAGGUGCUGGAGCGGGCGGCGGCGUGGGGGCUGCGGCGGCACUGGCGGCCGGCGCCGCCCGGGCUCCCGGAGGCGCUGCUGGAGCCGUACCUGGCCGGCCGGCUGGGCCCUGGCGAGCGGCGGCGCCUGGCGCGGCUCUGCGCCGAGUUGUGCCGCCGCUGCGCCCCGGCCGCUGCCGCCCGCCCUGAGGCGCUGCGGCUCCUCGCGCGGCGGUUCGCGGCCCUGCACGCCGCCGUGCCCGGCCUGCCCCUGGCCAGCUCCACCAUCCUGCCCGGCAUCGUCCUCCGCAGGGACUUCGCUGCUUACUGUCCGGCCGACGGGGAGCUGCGGGCCCUGCUAGUCAACGAGCCCCUGCAGCCCCCACUGACGGCCCCCGGCGUCGAGUUUGUGGUCGACUCCGAGGGUCAGUAUGAGGCUUCGCUGCGUUGGAUCACAAGGAGGACAGAAGCCUUAAUGAAACACUUGCAGAGCAACAGCGUUAAGCUGUUACUGUCGAGCACGAAGCAAGACGAAGUAGUUAUCUAUUAUGCCCAACUAUAUGGUGUUUCUGUUGUAGAGUGCUUAUUGUCGGAAGAAAUGGCUCUUAUCAGUGAAAUCACCGGCGUCUCGCCUUAUGCACCUUUUGGUGAUAACAUGUACAGGGAAAUCACUGAAACUGCGGUGGCAUCGUUUUGCCAGCCCUUGCUGCUCGGCUCCAAGAGGUGUGUCCACAUUGGCUUCACCAGUGUGUGUGCCUUCCAGCCCCAUUGCCUGAUCCUUUGUGGGCCAGUCCAUGGGGUCAAUGAGCAACAUGCUGCUGCUUUACAAGAGGCCUUCACUAUGCUGCAGCAGCUGUUUAAAACAGUUGAUCAGAGGGGGGAAUGCAAAGCGGAAGGUGAAAGCCAGAACAAAGCCUCAGAUGUUUGCAGUUGGGAUUCUUCACCUACUCAGAAACAAAUUGUAGUAGAAAAUGUUUCUUGUAAUAGUAACCAGGUUUUUGAAUGUCAGCUGAAAGCACUUAGUGAUGAAACAGAGACAAAAAUUUUAGACCCUGAUAAAAACAGUUCACUGGUGGACAAGCAAAAGAGCUACAGCACUGCUGUGUUAGCGGCAUGUAGCGCUGAUACAGUGACUGCGUGUGAGCUCCUGGAUGUUGGCAAAGGUCUAGAGAAAACAUGUUGCAAUAUAGUUCCAUUUAAACAGGAAGAGAGUUGUGUAGGUAUUGCACAGGAUCAUUCCAACUCCCUCAUAGAAGCAGGAUCAGUUUUGCCAGCAGGAGGUUACUUUGAAAUCCUUUUACAUUAUUAUAUUCAGUACUAUGCAAAACAGUGUCAGCAGUCAGAGGUAGCUGUCGUAUCUAAUGUGGUUGCUGAUGCUUUGCUAAGUAUCCCUAAGGCCUUGUACAGGACAACAGAACGAGACAGCUUUACCAAAUUUUAUCUCAAAGCUGUUAAUUCACUCCGAAGAAAUCAACCACUGCCAGGGAACGAGGAAGGCUUAGAGUCAGUGUAUUGCAAAUACCAGUUAGUCGUUUCAGUUCUUCAUUGUGUUACAGAGCUUCUCUCCAUUGACUUAAUAAUUGGUAUCAAGCGGCCGGUGCAAAAAAUUGAGGACCAUGAUUCAGAAGAUGACUUUUGAAAUCAUUAAUAAAGAAUGGUUUUGAUUAUGUGUUGUUUCCUUAUGUCUUCUUGUCAAAUGGAUGUGUCUCAAAAUUGAGUGCUAGAGACUAAAACAUAUCUUUUUAGGUCUAGAGAUCUAAUGUGAUACUUCUUUUAGAAGAAAAGGAAAAAAAGGGCUAACCAGCUGAGGACGGCCUGGGACAACUUGGGAGAAUGUGUUGACUCAGUUUACACACCACAGGGAGUGGUGUGUUUGGGCAUGCACUGAGGUUGUAGCAGCCUAUGGGUUUUUCUUCAUGCACUGUUUCCCAGAGAUUAUUUCUGUUUUGUGCUGUUAUUCUAUUAUAUUUCUAAAUAUGGGUUGUCCUCCAUGCAAAGUGAAAGUCAGAACAUGUUUUGACUGAGAUCCAAACUCAAAAUAUGAUGUAAAGUACAGGCAUACUGGUUUUAAUAGACAAAGAUUAAAAGAAUGUUUUUUAAAAAAAUCUUGAUGUUUUAACCCUCCUUUCUGCAGCCCUUGGCAAACUUACAUUCUGCCCCAUGUGAAAUUCAGCAGACUAUUUUGAAGGCGCUCACCCCAACCACAAGGAGUAUAGGUGCGUUUUAAGCAAAGUAAUCCUAUUUGUCAGGUAGCAGAUUCACAUAUACAGGCAGGUAGUUUCUUUUUUUUUUUAAUUAAAAAACAAAACCAGUUUUUAAGAUGCAUGUAUAGUAAUGUACGAUAAGACUAGAUUGAAACUGCGUGCUGCAUGCAACUCUUGAGAAUGGGAAUGAUCUGUUUACAUGGCAAGGACACGCUGUUUUUAUUUGUUGAUUUGUGUGGGGGUCGAGUCUGAACAGACUUUUACAGGUGCUGGGAUCACACCGAGACAGCUUCCAUUCCCUAGCUCUCCUCCAGCCGCCGUCCCUGCCACUGGCCCAGCUGGCUCCCUGCUCUACACCUUCCCUGGUCCUUCUCACUGAUCUCUGGAACACCAUCUCCCUGUUUACCAAAUAGGCAUUGCUUAGUUUCUGUAGUGAAAGUUAUGCAACCUAAGUAUAGCCUUACAUUUUCAUCCAUGCUUAGCUGAUUGCUGACCUUUAGCGUUUUUGGCAGCUAUACAGAGAGCAUCGUUAAUAGGAACCAGGCACAACAAAGACUAUUCUUUUGUGUCACAAAUCUCACACUGCUGUAUCACAUUUGUAAGAGGGAAUAGGGGACUGCAACAUUUUGUUUAGGAGCAUAACUGUAUAGUGGCAUAUUUUAUAUUUUUCUGUAUAUUUUACAUGCAGAAAAAUGUAUAUGGUUUCUGUUGUUAUCUUUAUAAAUCAUCUUCCAGAGCCCAAAGGUAGGGCAUUAAUCACACCAUGUGAGAAGAUUAAGGAAGAUUAAAUUCUUCACUAGAAUUCCAUUCAUCUGUUCUAAAUUUGCUUUUUGUUAUGUGACAAAUCUGCUAUUAGUGGUAGAGACUCCUGUUUUGAUUUCUGAAUUGUUUCUGUGCUUGUUUAGGUUAAUCCAUCCCCUUGCAUAUUUUUUUUAGUGAGGUUCUUUUAAAUCUCAUGCUAAGAGAGAAACUAUUUCAAUAUUCUGUUGCAAAAUUCUGUUUACAUCUUGAUCUUGAAAUCUAAGAAACAGUGUGGUUUUGUCACUAGUAAACACAAAUAUUAAAUACUUGCUCUAUUUACUAUUGUAUUUAUCACAUUAUUGCUCUUAAGACUGAACAAAUCAAGAGAGUAAUGUCUGAAUUUAUCACCAGUUGCUUUGGAAAUGCAUUGGCUGUAAUAAACGCAGUUGUAAUUUUGCAGCA